AUGACCCGUGUGUCAAUCGAUUUGCUUCGUGCACGUGUGAAGAUGGAGGAGCAGUUCGGCUUUGAGAAUGCCAGUGCUUUGGUCUUCGCCAGCGGCAUGCCGAAUCAGAUGCUCAUGAAUGCCCUGAACAGGCAUAACCUCGCUGUCAGCAUCCUGCAACAAGACCUGCUCAAGAAUGCGGUUUCCAUGGUAGGUAAGAACUACCACGGAAGGCAGAUCGAGGUUGACGGCGACGUGUUCUGGGCUGUAAACGAGUUUAGUGUAUUGUGGCCGGGUGUCACACUUGCAGUAUCCAUUCUGAACCGGAGUACUAAAUGGAUGCUCUUGGACGAGUGUGAGCAUUCCGUGGCCAUUUUUGGCAUCAAGCUAGCUGCGACAAGUACAACAGCCGUGGGUGCGUGGGCAGCUCGGCUGGAAGCGGCGUGUCUGCUCGAAGCUAGAUGCUCCCCAGAAGCAUACAUAAGCUUAGUGCGCGAAGGAGUUGAGCGCGGGGAAACUUCCGUUCUUGACUUUGCUUCCCUCUUAGAUAGUGAGGGCAAUAUCUUGGAUGGCAACCCAUUCAAGUUGACAAGCGACUUGCUUGAUCAAGAGACGGCGGAGAGUGAUCUGCCGCAAGUCCCGAUCCCACUUUGGGAGGAGGACGCGAGAAAGGAUGACGAGGUCGCCAAGCAACGUGCGAUACUCGAGAGCCUGGCUCAGAACAAUGAUAGUGUUCCGCCUUGGGCAAUCAGUCGGGUUGCUGAUGAUUCGAGUCCCAGCAGCAAUCUCCCUGAGUGGAUUGUCGGUGGACCUUUCGGGGGAGAGAGUGGCUUUCACAAGAAAGCUGCGCCUCCUCCGAAGGAGAUCCUGCAGCCAACAAGCUUCCAGGGAGACACACUGGCUGGGACGCCGAAUGCCGGUGACCCGGAAACUUGUUUCGCCAAGAAAGCCUCGCCACCCGAGUCACCUCAGCAGGUUGAAACGCGCUUGAGUGCCGCACCCAGGCUGGGGUCGGUUUCCUUGGCUGCGUUUAGUGCACCUUCUAUGAGGGCACGGGAAGAAAUUGGGCUCCAGGUAUUCGUCGAUGCCGCCAUCGAAUGCUACAAGUUUGCAUUCGACAGCGGCAUUGAUAUGGAUUUGAUCAAUAUUGCGGGGCCUCCUGACAAUGUCGAUCGCCGUAAAUUCCAACUGCACACCGCUCCAAACAAGGCUUCCACCGGAAUCCGGUACGCGAGACUGUUCAAGCAACUGCAAAGUUUCUGCGCAUCCGAGCCGCGCUCGGUGUCAGAAGAUGCAGGGGUAAUGGACAAGCUUGGCGUUCUGGACUUCGUUGAGUUGCUAGUGCAACGUGGGUCCGGAAAGAAGACUCCUCAAAGCCUGUUGUACGCGUUCGACUACUUUUCGAAAGUUUUCGGUUUCGAGUUGGAGAAGCGGCCGUGGGAGAGAGCCAAGCGGCUCGCCCUUCGGUAUGCUCAGGCCGACUCUGAUCUACCGAACAGAGCCCCCAUGUUCCGUAGGAAGACACUCUUCGUCCUUGAGCAGAUCUGCCUAGAUCCUUGCUUAGCCGACCCUUGGAGAGUCGCAGCCGGCAAGCUUCGACUUUGUGCGCAAGCAUCGAUCAGACACGACGAUUUGCUCAACACGCCCCUGAAGAACUGCGAGUGGAUCCGCAGAUCGGCUGCACGAGGGAAGUCGGGGCCGCGCCUUUGGGUUGCCUCCAUCAAGGGCGUCUGCAAGAGCGGGGACAACUGGCUGAAUGAGCUCAUGGUGCUAGUACUGAAGUCACAUGGAAAUAAUUUUGGUAGCCACGAUCACUUCGGCAGAUUGCCCACUCACGACAAUCUGGCGUUCGUCGCCGCGCCUGCGAGUCUGUCGGCAGAUGUGAGGUGCGUGAAGGAGGCUCUGCUGAGCAGAAUUCGCGAAGGCAUCGACGUAGGAAUGUCAGAGAAGGAGGUCAAUCUGCUUCGCUGGCAUGGCGCCAAGGCGACCAUGACAAGCUACAUGCAGCAUCUAGGCAUUUCUCCGCGUGCAGUGCGCUUCUCCGGCAACUGGAGACAACGCGAGGAUAGCAUGCCCGAUUCCUACCUCCGGGAGGCUCAGACACUAGUCCUGGCAGCGCAGGAGAGGUGUCUCGCUUUCCUGAGGGGGGGUAGCGACAUCUCUUUUAUCCAAGGGGUGCCGGUGGGAGAUGUCCCCGCUGAGAGUGUGGGAACAUCGCAAAACACGGCCCUUCCGAGCCCUAGCGAGCUAGAUGCCAUGGUCGCUGCUGACGACUCUCCCGUUGCUGCCGACGCAAUGUGCAUGCAGUUCCUGGACGAGCUCGUAGAACUUGGUCUCCCGAACGUUGAAGCCAUAGACGCGGAGAAAAGCCGGGAGUUAGUCCAGCAGAAUGUGGAGAGCCUCAUCGUGGAGGGUGUCGAAAGCGAAGUAAAAGAGGAAGCAGACGCUCCUGUGCAAGAAGACAUCCAGUCGUCUGAGCUCCCCCUGCAGCUGGACAUUUUCGACUCGGAAGGCCUGGUCUGUUACUUCGUGCAGCUUUCCAAGCCAGGAAGCUCUGCGAAGCUCCACCUGGCAGACGCAGAGCAGGACGGGAAGCCUGGUCCUGCAACGGCAGUACCCAGGUGCAAGGCCACUGGAAGCAGCUUCUCCUUUGUGAACGCGACGGAGGCCUUGGACGAGCAAACUGAGCUGUGCCGGGUUGUGUACCAGGCUUUGCUCCUACGUCGAGCUGGGUGGGGAGCCCAAAGUCCUCCACCGAUGCUCGCGCAGAUGCUCAGAAUGCGGCGAGCAUCAUGCGCACCUGUGUCACAUUCAUUCGAAAGUCAGCCUUGA